GGGAUAGUGAUAAGUAUGGGAUAAUCAAGGCGUUGCGUUGUUUUCUGACAAAAGCAGGCCGUUCUCGUUCUCGUUCUCGUAUUCGUUGUCGUGUCGCCCCAACAUCUUUGCCCAGGGCUAGCUACAGUCUAACCAUCGACCACACUCACGUCAGUAUCUUAGCCACGACGACAAGACCAGAAUUGAUGGAGGUAGGCAGUACUUCUUGCACUCCUAGUUUAAUGUGCGUGAUUGUGGAAGAGACGCUCAGCCCAUCGAGCGUGGUCUAUCCUUCCUGGGCCUCCCCAUUGUAAUACUUCACGCGCCGGGGUUGUCUUUAUAUGGUCCUCAACAUGCCACCUCGACGGUCGCACAAGAAAUCGCGAAAUGGUUGCGAUCAAUGCAAGGAGAGAAGAGUAAAGUGUGAUGAGAAACAUCCGAUAUGCUCUAAUUGCACCUCUCGGGAGCUUAUUUGUACCUAUUUGAAGAUCCCUAUAGUCUCAGCCCCGAGACGCACAGUUCAUGCAGUGACCGAUCGUUCCCAAGACUACCACCACCGGAGACAAUCGCAGUCAAAGCACCAUGACAAGCAGCCUAUCAGCUCCGUAAAAUCUGUCGAGCCAAGCUUUGUCCUUCGUGAUCUCGAACUCAUGCAUAAGUUCUCGACCGAGACGUUCCAAUGUCUAUGUGGAGACCAGUCUGACAUGGGUGACUGGCAGGUCCUCAUCCCCCAACAAGCAUCAAAGCAUACUUUCUUACUCCAUGGCAUCCUCGCACUCGCAGCUUUGCAUAUCGCAGCUACAGCCACAGAGCGUACUAUCGUGCUGUCAUAUCUCGAUACUGCGCUCCAAUACCACAAUAUGUCAUUCGCCCCAUUCCGACAAGCGCUCGACGCCCUCACCCCGUUGAACUGCGACGCUGUCUUCGCCCAGUCCGCCAUAAUAACCGUCAUUGGUAUCGCCUUACCGCGCCUCAACGCUCAACACAGAGGCGAAUGCUUCAGCAUGAUCGAGAACAUGAUCACCGUGUUCGAGCUCCUACAAGGCUCAACUAAGGUCUCCCGCAUCAGUCGACCAUGGCUUAAAGCCAGUAUGUUUUCUAAAUACGACUUCUGGCUGAUGGAAACCGGAGACUUGGAUUCCGAGAAGACUGUUGCUAUAAAGAAACUAAGCCGGUUGAAUACCUGUAUCGCCAAUGCUGAGCAAGGUGGUGCUAAUCGUGAGGCGAUUGACCUGUUACAAUCUUGUUUUGCUAAGUUUGCUCGUUCGUCUCAUCCUGUGGCUAUUCUUGCUUGGUUGGUCUAUGUGAAGAAGGAUUUUAUUGAUGGGCUGCGGAUGCAUCAGCCGUUUCCAUUGUUGAUUUUGAUGCAUUGGGGCGUGUUGUUGAAUGAUCUAGGGAGUCAUUUCUGGUGGGCGAAAGGUUGUGGUAGGGAUUUGGUAAUUGAGUUGUUGGCUGAGAUUAUAAGUGAAGACCCAGUAUGGGAGCAGGCUUUGGAAUGGCCACGGAAAAUGGUAGGGGUCUGAUACUUAAUUGGAAGUCAUAUCUGGUAAGGCAUACAUGUACAGAGCAUGGUGCGAUGCUGUACAUGUUUGAAUGUAUUCAUGAACGAUG